AAAUAAUGCAUAUAUCAUCACUUUAUUUCUUGCCUACACAGCUUUCAUUCAUACUUACUAACAAUGGAGAAAGGCCACAAACCAAGCAAAUCCGAGCUCCUCUCUAGCGCUAAGUUGGUGGCCAACGCGGCGAAAUCCGCUCUAAACCACGAAAGCGACAAGGUCGACAAGGGGAAGGUCGCAGGUGCUGCUGCUGAUCUUUUGGAUGCGGCACAAGACUAUGGCAAGCUCGAUAAGAAUACGGGCAUCGGCCAAUAUGUUGAGAAGGCAGAGAGUUACCUGCACAAGUACGAGACUUCCCAUCAAUCGGCCCCGGCCGCCAAGCCGGAGUCACAUGCUACCGGUGACGGUGAAAAAGGGAAAGAGUCUGCUGGAGGUGUUGGGGAUUACAUGAAGAUGGCUCAAGGUUUCUUCGGAAAAUAAAAUUAUACUACUUUUUUUAUGUUUUUGUGCUGCAUAAUAUACUUUAUUUUUCAUGUUUAUUUGUCUUCAUGUUGGAUGUCCAUGAUAUGUGCAUGAUUGAUCGCUUUAUUAUACAGGACUAUUAUGCA